CAACACAGUCAUAAUUAACAGAAGAAAAAAAAACUCACUCUCAGAUCAAAAGACCAAAACGAAGAAGAAGAAGAAGAAGAAGAAGAAGAAGAACAGAGACUCAACAAAUGGCUUCAAAACCGAUCACGAGUCCAGUUCCGGUGAAUAUGUAUCCAACCCUAGCUGUCUCUAUGCUUACGAUCGGCCUCGUUAUUACCGCUUCCUUCUUCAUCUAUGAGGCAACAUCAUCUAGGCGAAACCGCAGCCUUGUCAAGGAGGUUACAACAGGAGCAUUGGCAUCUUUCUUUCUGGGUUUCGGGUCCUUAUUCCUACUACUUGCUUCUGGUGUUUAUGUUUAGAGUCAUGCGUGUAGAACCUUUAAAAAUUUUGCUAAGCAAUAUCCGUUAUGCAUGAUGUGGCUGACAUUUGUUGAUUUAGAUGAGAUUUUUACCUACUUAAUCAGUUGUGGCUAUAAUUGUUACAACUAUAAACAUUUUGAUUGAAAUAUGGAUUACAGAAAUCCUUCGGCAACA